CGUCCCGGACGUGGUUACGCGCUCGGCUCGGCGUGGAUCAGUGGUGGCGCUGCUGCUGCCGCGGCCCUCACUUCCUUUGCUCGGCGACCACCAAGUUCCCCCCCUGCCCCCCCAGACAGACAACCAUGGCGGCUCCCACGCAACCCGUCUCACAACGCGGCAUCGUCAAGCAGGUGCUCUCCGGCGGCGCGAUCAUCGUCCGCGGGCAGCCCCGGGGGGGUCCUCCGCCCGAGCGGCAGAUCAACCUGAGCAACGUGCGGGCGCCCGCCCUGGCCCGCCGUGCUGCACUCAGCCAGCCAGACGCCCGCGACAUCCCCGAUGAGCCGUGGGCUUUCCCAGCGCGCGAGUUCUUGCGGAAGAAGUUGAUCGGGAAGGAGGUGUGCUUCGUUGUGGAGUACAAGGCUCCUGCCGGGCGUGAAUAUGGAAUGGUCUACAUCGGUAAAGACACGAGCGGGGAGAACGUGACGGAGUCUUUGGUGAUUGAGGGCUUGGUGUCCGUACGCCGAGAGGGAAUCCGAACGAGCAACCAAGACCAAGCCCGCUUGUGCGACUUGGAAGACCAGGCGAAGGCGCAGAAGAAGGGCGUCUGGGGAGAGGGCACGGGCUCGCAAACCACGCGCGACCUCAAAUACACCGUGGAAAAUCCCCGUCACUUUGUGGACUCCUUUCACCAGAACCCAGUGAACGCCAUAAUUGAGCAUGUGCGCGAUGGCUGCACGUUCCGUGCCCUGCUGCUGCCAGACAACUUCAUGGUGACUGUGAUGCUCUCUGGAGUCAAGUGCCCCAUGUUUAAGCGCGAGGCCGAUGGCACGGAGACACCAGAGCCGUUCGCAGCAGAGGCAAAGUUCUUCACCGAGUCGCGUCUGCUGCAGCGCGAUGUGCAGAUCGUCCUGGAAGGGGUGUCCAACCAGAAUAUCUUGGGGACUAUCCUUCAUCCGAAUGGGAAUAUCACAGAGCUCCUCCUCAAGGAAGGCUUUGCACGCUGUGUUGACUGGUCGAUGGGCAUCUACACACAAGGCCCAGACAAGCUUCGAGCUGCUGAGCGAAUUGCCAAGGAACAGAAGCGUCGCAUCUGGAAGGAUUACGUGGCACCAACGGCCAAUUUGGACUCCAAGGACAAGCAGUUUACGGCCAAGGUGGUGCAAAUCCUAAAUGCGGAUGCCAUUGUGGUGAAGACCAAUGCGGCCGAGUUCAAGACGAUCCACCUCUCGAGCAUUCGUCCGCCCAGGAUGGAGGAAGGAGGAGGGCAGGACAAGAACAGAAGGCUACGUCCUCUGUAUGACAUUCCUUACAUGUUUGAAGCUCGAGAAUUUCUCCGGAAGAAGCUCAUUGGAAAGAAGGUGAACAUUUCCGUGGACUACAUUCGGGCUGCGUCGGCUGCCACGGACUCCACGCCAGCCUUCACCGAGCGGACGUGCGCCACCAUUACAAUCGGCGGAGUGAAUAUUGCCGAAGCCCUUGUGAGUAAAGGCUUCGCCACCGUCCUGCGAUACCGCCAAGAUGAUGACCAGCGUUCUGCCCACUAUGACGAGCUGCUUGCUGCCGAGUCCAGGGCAAUCAAAAAUGCCAAGGGGCUGCACAGCAAGAAGGAGAUUCCGAUUCACCGAGUGGCUGACCUGUCUGGGGACGUUCAAAAAGCCAAGCAGUUUCUGCCAUUCCUUCAGCGAGCUGGCCGGAGCGAGGCUAUCGUGGAGCACGUCUUCAGCGGGUCGCGCAUCAAGCUUUUCCUGCCCAAAGAAACCUGCCUCAUCACAUUCCUGUUGGCUGGCAUUGAGUGUCCACGCAUGGCUCGGAACGGCCCAGGGGGAGCCCAGGAGAGUGAGCCCUACAGCAAUGAGGCCAUGCUGUUCACCAAGGAGAUGGUCCUUCACAGAGAGGUGGAGGUAGAAGUGGAGACGAUGGACAAGGCCGGAAACUUCAUCGGCUGGCUUCAGGUGGAAGGAGUCAACUUGUCAGUGGCGCUGGUUGAGCACGCACUCUCUCGGGUGCACUUCACAGCCGAGCGCAGCUCCUAUUUCAAAAAUCUCACGGUCGCCGAGGAGGCUGCUAAGAAGGCAAAGGAGAAGAUCUGGGCCGACUAUACGGAACAGCCAGAGGAAGGGACAACCGUGCCGCUCGUAGAAGAGACGGAGCGUAAAACCGUCUACAAGCAAGUGGUCAUCACAGAGAUCAACGAUGACUUGCACUUCUUUGCCCAGGAUGUGGAAACUGGCGCACAGUUGGAGAAGCUGAUGGAGAGCAUGCGGUCCGAGCUUGCAGCCAACCCGCCCCUGGAAGGGUCCUUUACACCUCACCGUGGAGACUACUGCAUUUCUAACUUUUCCGACGGAGAAUGGUAUCGGGCACGCAUUGAGAAAGUGGAGGGCUUGUCCAAGGUGUCCGUUUUCUACAUUGACUACGGCAAUAGGGAGACGGUGGCCAACGCGAAACUCGCAGCCCUUCCGACGGGCUACAGCGUACAUUCCUUCCCAGCACAGGCCAAAGAGUACGCCUUCGCCCUGAUCCAGGUUGCGGACGACGAGGAUGCCAAGGGGGAUACGGUGGACUCGCUGGUUCGUGACGUUCAGAACAUCCAGUGUCUCCUCAACGUGGAGUAUCGUGGCGCAACCUGCGACCACGUCACACUGCUCUACGCCGACACGCAGGAUGACGUGGGUCUGGGCCUGGUCAAGGAGGGCCUUGUCAUUGUCGAGCUUCGCAAAGAAAAGCGGCUGGCCAAGCUGGUCUCUGAGUAUUUCAAGGCACAAGAGUCUGCUAAAGGAAGCAGGCUGAACAUUUGGCGCUAUGGCGAUUUCACUGCAGACGACGCCGUGGAGUUUGGCUAUAAACGCUAGACAGAGCCAAGCAGACUCAUGGGGGAAAUGAGAAAAAAAAAACUCACCUGAAAAAAAAAGUCGCAUGUAGCCAUUUCUCAUACUAUCUUAUCAACUUGCAAAUACUGUAAGCUGCCUACAGUUUAUUGCUUAGUGCCAUUUCAAGCCUCCAUUUACUAGUGAUAGUUCUGCUUCUACUUUCUUGUGAUGUCAGUUGGAGAGGGGGGGGUAGACUGCUCAGGCUGUGGGGAAUUUCUUCGUAUGCCAAAUGCUUUUAAGGUAGGAUGUGGUACAUUUCAGCUGUGACAAAGAAAUCAACAGGGCUCUUUUUGGCACGGGAGAGUGACAUGAAUAGUAUUUUAAUAGUUUUGUAAUUGAUGACCGAUUGCAACUUCCUUAUUCUGUUCCAAAAUGUUAUGUGCCCGUGUCAUUAAUGUAAUGAACAUACUUCUCGCAGUUGUUUCUGCCUUUUAAUCAAAACCCACAAUCAUCUUCGACCAUACAUGAAUCUGUGAAAGCUGUUUGGAACGUUGCAUUGUUUUAAUUAUAUGACUGAAAGGUAUAUACAGUCUAUGUAAUUAUAAUUAGUUUGAUGAAGUGAAAGAUCAUCGUCGAUAAUGCUCACCAUUUCAGUCAGUAUUGGUACAACCCUUGGUUUGGCUACCUUGAACUGCUGUAUACUGGCAGCUUACUGUUUGACCAAUAGAAGCUACAUGUCUUUACUGGAUGAAUUAAAACAAAUAUCAGUGAA